AUGCCGGAUGCGCCACCAGUCAAACCCAUUCGGCGCUUUGCUCCAGUUCCAAUUGAGACGACAUUCGACUCGUACAGGGUGAAGAACAGUAAUAAUAGGAAAAAUCCCGUCGGCCCUACUGCAGAAUUGACACCGGACCCCUCGCCAACAUCCCCAUACGCACCGGCGUUUCUAGGAGGGGUAGGAGGGGAAAACAAAGAAGAUCAGAGACAAUUCGAACAAUCGCAAAAGAAACCCAAGAGAAAGUUUGCCCCGCAAUUGAUUGAGACGACAAGAAGAUCCAAAAAGGCAGAUCAACCAGGCCCCGCCACCAAACCAGUAGAUAAGACGGAUAUCACACCUGGUACAAAUCAUAUCUAUGCUCCGAAGCCAAAGCGAAAAGCUGCACCCCGGCCUGCCGUUUCAGGCGUAUCGAAUGCUCCCGGAGAUGGUGAUGGCCAUUUAACACCGCGUCGGCAGCAGUCCAUGAAGCCGCAUCCAAAUACUCGAAGAAGCACGCGACAAUCGUAUACUCCCGAUCUCGAUACUAUACUAUCAUCCGAGUCGGAUAAGUCUUCUGAGGAAAACGACGAUGAUGAGGAUGCACUAGUUAUCAAUAUUGGUGUCCCGGCUCUUUCUAACGGAAACCCGGAACAAGAUGAUGACGAUGACGAUGACGAUGACGAUGUUGGUGGUGAUUCGUGGAGUAGCAAACGCUACCAUGUCCGCGAGAGGAGAGAGUCGUGCGACGAGGAGUUCUCGGGUUAUCUAUUAGCGGUAGCCGCUAGGGAGGCGCACAGACAGCGCGAGCUCGAAGCGGCUAUGGCUGCAUUCCCCAACGGUGUACGACCCGAGGGUGUGGAACAUUUUCUCGUUAGAGAUAACUCCGAGGAUGAGGAUCCUCUUGUCCUAGAUGAACGAUUAAGACAUGGAACCUCACAGCUUCUACGACGCAAGGAGUCAGACCCGUGCUGGGCCGUUAAGGAAAUGCGAGCCCAUGCCGAAAAGCUAGCUCAGAUCAACCAAGAGGGGAUGAAUAUUGACGAAGAGUUGGAUCGCGUUGAUAUACCACCUCCUCCGGCAGACCCGUUAUGGACGACGUCCGCGUUCCGGGCAUCUCUUGAUGAAAAUAUGAGAGAUGCUCCAAGCCCAAUAAUAAGCGCGCAUUCACCGGCCCUACUAGCCAGGAUGCGAAAGAUGCGCAUAGCUGCCUCGCCGCCUAUGCUCGGUGGUGGUCUACAGUUCCGCAUGUGCCCUAGCCCAAAGUCGACACGUAUGGAGCCCAGUCAUCAGUAUUGCAACCUUGAGAAGCCUGAGCGGCGAGAUGCCACAGGGGCUACGGGGCUAUGGCGUGGCUAUUGUUCUACUAAGGCCAACGACGCUGUAGAGAUGACACACCCAGGACCCCAUCUGCUCAUGACACCGCAGGAGCCAAAUUUUCCGCAUGACCCUUUCUCCGCCGCUUUUACCGCAUCCAUGAGUAUAAGCGGUGUCAUAAGCGGUGCACAGUCGCCUGGGGCUACGUCCCCGACAGGCAGGGGCUUUCAUAUGCUCUCGGGAUUGGACGAACGGCUGAAAAAGGCGAAGGCACGCAAGGAAUUCGAGGAACGCAUCGCGGCCGAGUUUGAUGAUGCCUUCGUUACGCAGGUUUACAACUAUCUCAGUCUUGGAUAUCCCGCUACCGCACGUGCCUUUGAUGGUGAACUGAGUAAGAUCAGCGGUAUCGACAUCGUGGAAUUGCGCAAGGAUGACCACAUAAAAAUCGAGAAAGGUUUCAUGCUGCAAAUGGAGAUGAGCAUCCCCAAGGGUAGUUCAAUGACCGACUCCGACAGCGGCGAGGAGACACCACUACGUACGCCUGAAGAGGACGAGAGAAGAACUCGCAGGAGGGCGAAGCCACCUCGGUGGAUCGCACUGAAGCUUUACAUACGCGAGUGGGCACGCCAGCACCCCGUUCUUAAUGACUCUGGGACUGGUGAGAUGGCCUGGGGUGUCAGGGCUAGGAGAGGAAGUUGGGCUAUCUAGAGGGACAAAUAGUGGUGCAUGGUUUUCUUUCUUGCGUAGCGCGGAGUAUUUGUUGUGUUUUGUUAGCUAGGGGUAUCGGGAAGCAUGAAGGUCACUUGUUUGGGUACCUUGGGUAGUAUGAAGGGUUUGGGUUUGCCAUAGAAAAACAUCACCUGUUCAGGAGGAUCUCGGAUGGUGUAUAUGAUCCGCUCACGGUAUAGCAGCCAUGGAAAUCCAAAAAAGAGCGGGGUUUUUCGGGUUUCUCGUAUCAUUGGGUUGGCGUUAUUUGGACAGCCAUGCUAUUUAUUGGGCAGAAGAGACGAGCAGCGAACUCGAUACAAGUUAGAGAAGAAGCAAUUUACUAGACCAGGGCGAUGUUAUUUAAGAGAGGCCCGGUCAAGUAUAAAAGCAAGCGAAGACAAAAGAAGCCAUCCUUUCAUUUCAAGACAUUGUGCUUCAAGGUCUAUCACGAGAUGGUUGGAUAGCUGCGCCGUGUACAGGCGUGUGGUGGAUCUAUUUAAUAGUUAUAAUUAUCAUAGAGGUUUACAUAGUGUUGUAGUAGUGUCUUAAGGGUUUGCCCAUAUUGGACACUACUUUAUUUAAUUCCUUCAAAUGUUUCGUUAUGUAAUCUAUCAAGGUCGAAGCCCCCUAUCUCGUUCUCCUUGGC